AUGGUACAAACAAACGAAUUAUGUAAGAAAGUUGAUACUAUUAUGCCUGAUCCAUUAAAAUUAAAAUAUUUGAUGGCUGAUAUAAACGAAUCAUUAAAAAUACAUGUUGCAUUACAGAACCCAAAAACAACAGAUGUAUUUUUAUCGAUUGCUAGAAAAGUUGAAGAUACAUUAACAUUAACAAGUACAAAUAAUGAAGUGCAACAAAAUAAUGUUAAUAUCAAUGCUGCUACAUUUCAAAAACCAUCAGUACGACCAAAUAUUUCACAGAAAUCUAUUAAUAAAACUCGCCAUAAUACUUUUCAACAUUUACAAUCACAACCAUAUCGGAAAAAUCAUCAGCAUAAUGUACAAAAUUCGAACCAACAAAUUCGGAAUCAUGAUCCUGCAAGAUAUCCACAAUAUGCAUCACAAUCAAAUAAUUGUUAUAAAUGUGGUACUCCUGGACAUUAUGCUCGGGAUCAGAGACCGUCAUCAGGUCAGGGCUGCCCUGUUGCCCUGAUGCCCUGUACUGCCCUGCCCUGUACUGCCCUGCCCUGUACUUCAGGGCAAACUUCUUUUUUUGCCCUGUCCUGUUUGCCCUGCAGGGCGACCGAAGAAAAGUACAGGGCAGGACAGGGCAAAUUUUUUUUGCCCUGUUAAUUUUUCACAUAAGUUUAUUUGGAAGCCUUUUUCGAAGCUAAAUGGAAUCUUUCAAAGCAUCUAUUAUCGAUGGAAUUCCAUCAACCAGUGAUGAACCUGUCUUUUCAGUUGGUUUCAUCAGAACUAAUGAAUUUGAUACUCAUUCUAAUUUAUCAUUGUACAAUACAGUUCUCCCCACUUUAGAAAAGUUUAACCACGGUUAUCACAUCAAAAGUAUUUAGAACACAUAGAAAAUAAAUCGCAACCUCUUGAUAAGUAGCGAUGAAAAUCUGCAAAUCGGUAAAAUGAUAGCGUUCAGUCAAUCACAACCUCUAUGUCCAUUGAUAAAUAUCUGAUUUUUCUGCAGUCAUCCUACUUAUUCUUUGGAUCCGUAGAAGAGAAGUGAAGAUACUGGAUUAAAGCCAGUUAUUUUUUUUUACAAAGAAUAAACUCAAAUGACAUCAUUUUCUCUCGAUUAUCGUGUAACUUUUGAUCAAUUAUUUCGUUUU